AUGAAGGUCAUCAUUCUCCCUCUCCUUCUCUCUUGUCCCACUCACUAUCUAUCUAUCUCUCUAUCUAUCAACGAGGGGGCUGAAAAUAACAUAUUCUUUCUUACUUUUCCUUCUUUCGUCCGUUCUUUCUUCUUUUUUUUCUUUCUUCCGUUCGUUCUUUCUUGCUUUCUUACUUUCGUUCUUUCUUCCGUUCGUUCGUUCUUUCUUUCUUUCUUUCGUUUUAUUUCAUUCUUUCUUUUGUUCAUUCGUUCGUUCUCUCGUUCUUUAAUUCAUUCUUUCUUUCUUUCUACCGUUCGUUCUUUCUUGCUUUCUUUUUUUCGGUCGUUCGUUCUUUCUUUCUUUCGUUCUUUCUUUCUUUCGAUCGUUCGUUCCUUCUUUCUUUUAUUCUUGCUUUCUUUCGUUCUUUUGUUUUGUUUUGUUUUUCGUUAUUUCGUUCUCUUUCUUCCGUUCGUUCUUUCUUUCUUUCUUUCUUCCAUUAGUUCUUUCUUUCUUUCUUUUCGUUCUUUUUUCAUCUUUCUUUAUUCAGCUUGUUCGUUCGUUCUUUCUCUCUUUCGUUCGUUCGUUCUUUCGUUCUUUCUUUCUUUCUUUCUUCCAUUAGUUCUUUCUUUUCGUUCUUUCUUUCGUUCGUUCUGUCAUUCGUUCCUUUGUUCUUUCUUUCUAUCUUUCUUUCAGGCUCCAAUAUGGGAUGAAUUUUGCUUCUUAAUGCAUUUGAAUCUGUUUUUAUGUCGACAUUUGAACACGAAUCCAUUCCUAUCUAUCUAUCUAUCUAUCUCAGGCUGUCGACAUCUAUCUAUCUAUCUAUCAAUAGAUAGAUAG